AGGUGCAAGGUGAACUGUAAAGCAUUACAUAUCAUUCGAGUCUCACGAAACUGUCUCGAAACGUGAUGGCGAUUUACCUGGUCACGUCUCGUGCUUCACGCUUCUGCUCUACUCAAUUGGAAGAAGAUAUGUGAUGGGAACUACUCACAAUGUCUUGAUGUGAACAACAAAAUAAUAUAUAUAUAUAUAUAUAUACAAACAUAUAUUUUUAAUUUUUAAAGGGAUUUAUUAGCACAAACUGUUCAAUAUGAAGAUUCGUUUAAGUGUCCUAUCGCUUAUCUGUCAAGUUGUGGCUUAUAUUAAAGGUGUAUGCUGUAGUUGGGAUGAGUGGUGGACAUAUGAUGGCAUUUCAGGUCCCGAUUAUUGGGGUUUACUUAAUCCCGAUUGGAGAUUAUGUAAUAAAGGUCGACACCAAUCUCCAGUAGAUAUUGAUCCCAAUAUCUUAUUACACGAUCCUCAUUUGAGAAGCUUGAAGAUUGAUAAAGUAAGGGUGAGUGGUGUUGUUACUAAUACGGGACACGGAGUGGUAUUCCGCAUCACAUCCAGUAAACCAGGCGAAACGGUUAACAUUACGGGAGGACCACUCUCGUACAGGUAUCGCCUUCACGAGAUUUACCUGCAUUUCGGACGUACUGACGAUAGAGGGUCGGAACAUACUGUUGCAGGUAAUACCUUUCCAGCAGAGCUUCAGAUCUACGGUUACAAUUCAGAUCUGUAUCCAAACAUCACAGAAGCAUUCACUCUUCACAGAAGCCAUAGUAUCGUAGGCGUGGCUGUACUUUUACAGCUUGGCGAAAUUUCCAAUGCGGAAUUAAGAGUUUUAACAAGUCAACUACAUAGAAUUAUAUAUAGAGGUACGUGUAGAUUCUUUUUUAAUAUAUUUGUGAGUGGUGUUGUUACUAAUACGGGACACGGAGUGGUAUUCCGCAUCACAUCCAGUAAACCAGGCGAAACGGUUAACAUUACGGGAGGACCACUCUCGUACAGGUAUCGCCUUCACGAGAUUUACCUGCAUUUCGGUCGUACUGACGAUAGAGGGUCGGAACAUACUGUUGCAGGUAAUACCUUUCCAGCAGAGCUUCAGAUCUACGGUUACAAUUCAGAUCUGUAUCCAAACAUCACAGAAGCAUUCACUCUUCACAGAAGCCAUAGUAUCGUAGGCGUGGCUGUACUUUUACAGCUUGGCGAAAUUUCCAAUGCGGAAUUAAGAGUUUUAACAAGUCAACUACAUAGAAUUAUAUAUAGAGGUCAAGAAGCACCUUUGCAAUACUUGUCCAUCAAGGACUUGCUACCGGAUACUGACAUAUUUAUGACAUACGAAGGAUCCACUACUAUGCCUGGAUGUUCAGAAACUGUAACAUGGAUUAUCAUGAACAAACCUAUCUAUAUCACAAAACAACAAUUGUAUGCACUUAGAAAUCUCAUGCAAGGUGAAGAAGAAAAUCCAAAAACACCACUAGCAAAUAAUUUUAGACCUACUCUACCUCUAAAUCAUCGUUCAAUUAGGACAAAUUUGGAUUUCAGAAGGAAAGAGGGUAAAACCUGUCCCACUAUGUAUAAAACUAUGUACUAUAAAGCCACAGCUUCACGCUCCUGGUCCAACGAGCCGUGACGUCACAUCCGUCCCUGCGUUACGUCAUCGUGUUACGUGACAGACGUCAGCCAGUAGGUGUUUUUCCGUAGUAAUUCAUCACCUUCCGUCUUUCUGUCUGUCUCGUCAAGCUAUUUAAACUUCGUUUGUGACCUUUAAGCCUGGCUUAGAAGAAUUUUGGUGAAAUUUUAAGAAUGUGAAUUUCUACUUCUUCACAAUCGCCGGAUAUGCAAAAAAACAAAGAAAAAAAACAUACAUAUAUCGGUGGUGACGUCACGGAUAUCAGUAUUUGAAAAAAGAAAAAAAAAUUUAUUGUUUGAAAAGUUUUUUUUACUUAAAUACCCGAAUGUAUACAUAUCUAUCAAUAGUAAAAAAAUUAAAAAUUUUAAUAAAAAUAUUUAGAAA